AUUUAUAAUUUUAAUUAGUAUCUUGAUUAUUCACAUGAGAAGAAGAUAAGAUGACUGAAGAUCCUCGCCUUGUGGAAUUGAGAAAGAGCAUUUGCAACGGAGAUCGGGAGGCUGUUGAGCAGUUUUUUGAUCAGGGGCGUCCACUAGGUACAAUAAUAUUAUCAAACGAAGGCUACACUGCUCUUCAUGUUGCAAUACUGGCCGGACAAUAUGGGAUCGCCAAGAAAUUGAUAGAGAAGAUGUCGCCAACAGAUCUGGAAAUCAAGACUGCCAGUGACAGUGGUGGUCACACGGUUCUUACCUUAGUUGCAACGACGGGAAGAACAGACUUGGCAAUGGACAUAGUCCAAAAGAACCGCAAUUUACUUGCAAUUGAAAAUGAUCGAGGCUAUAUCCCAGUAACUGCCGCAUGUAAUGUGGGCCACAAGGAGAUGACACAAUACCUUUAUUUUGUGACCCCACCAGAAGUCUUGGUAUCACGUAAAGGCAAAUAUGGGUUCGAUCUCAUGAGGGCGGGCGUGGAUAACAAAUUUUUUGAUAUUUGCUUGGAUCUACUUCAACGCAACCCAAAGUUGAUUGUUCCUUCAGACGAAGAAAUGCUGGAAUUUUCUCCUAUUUUUAUAAUGUCACGUCAACCUAAAGCAUUCUUUAGUGGAUGUAAGCUUCGGUGCUGGCAAAUAUGGAUUUAUGGCUUGUUAAAGGUAGAGUUACCCACAAUUUCCUCCGAUGAAGUACGAAUUCCUCUUGCGAUCGAGACCUCAACAUCGGAAUACAAGAGAUUUACUCCUGGAGCAUUUGGUCGACAUCUUACAUUAUGUUUAAUGCCCCAAAAUUUCCCUGGAAUCAAAAAAAGUUAUGAUUUGAAGUCGAGGCAUAUCUAUUCCAAUAAGAUUCUUCAAUGUAUGUGUAAGCAUAUUUCAACAUUAAAAGUUCAAUCUCUUCGGAAUUGUGGAGUGGCUGACGCGAUGUUUAAAGCUACCGAGCAGGGCAAUGUUGAAUUCGUCGUUGAGCUAUUGAAAGUAAUCAAACCACUCAUUUUCUAUAAUGAUGAUGGCAGACACGUUUUCAUGAUAGCAAUCCAAUCUCGUCAAGAAAACAUUUUCAGCCUCCUAUAUGGCAUUAAUGAGGAGUUCAAAGCCCAUAUUCUUAAUCAGACAGAUAAAAAACGGAAUAAUAUGUUACAUGUGGCAGGGGAGAAAGCUCCUCCCUCUCAAGAUACCCGAAUCGCCAGCCCUCUAUUGCGUUUGCAAAGAGAAGUACUAUGGUUUAAGGAGGUGAAAAGAAUUGUUCCAGAAUGGUGCAAAGAAUCUAAAAAUAAUAAUGGUGAAACCCCUCAUGAAGUAUUUUUAAAGAGCCAUGAAGAUUUAGUGAACGAGGCGGAAAAAUGGAUCAGGAACAUGGCAAAUUCUUUUAUUGUUGUCGCUGCUCUCAUUAUUACAGUCACGUUUGCUGCAGCCAUUACUGUCCCCGGCGGCAAUGCACAAAAUGGGUUUGCCAAUUUUUUACAGGAUGAGGCAUUUAUGAAUUUUAUACUAUUAGAUGCGGUUUCCUUCUUAACUGCAUCAGCUUCAGUCUUAAUGUAUAUGGGAAUCCUAGCAUCGAGCUUCAGGCCGCUAGAUUUUCCCGAGUCCUUACCCAAGAAGUUGAUCGCUUUCGUCUCCACUAUUCUUAUUUCUGUUGCAGCAAUGACGGCUAGCUUUCUGGCUGCUCUUUGGAUUGUACUACAAUAUCGACGGUGGAAUAUCAUUCCCAUAAUUAUGAUGGCUGGCAUUCCAAUUGUAUUGUUUGCACGGUUGCAGUUUCCCCUCCUUGUCGAACUAUUUUUUAAGAGAACAAUGAAGCCUUGGCUGUAGUGGAGAGCAAGUUGAUUGAUUUUUUUGGAACAUAAGCGAGCAGUUUCCCCUUCAAGUUGAAAUCCUUUAGCUUGUUCUUUGGUUAUGUUAGUUGGAACUUCUAAUUUCCCUGUUCUAUUUGGUUGAAUUAUCAGAUUUUCUGCUUUUAAUUAUGAGACUCUGGUGUAUUUACUUUCUUAUUGUGUAACAACAAUAUUGAUCAUGCAUGUUAUGCUAUAUUUUCAGAUAUCUUGCUUUCUCCCCUAUUUUGAAGAGGACGUCCGACUAAGAGCUCCGAGUUAAGUAUAUAUGUGAUUGAUGGCUUGAAAAUGAAAAAAAUGGGAGGUCCUUUAAGAUGGGUUUAAUGUCAAAUAAAUUCAUUAGACAAUA